AUCCUCUGGACUCUUGUGGGCACAUUCAUCAAUGACAAUACUCGGUGCAAAUUCAUCUUCUACUCGGGCAACGACUACCAAGGCCCUGGAGGUCUUUCCGAAUACAUCGAGCCGCGUUCCAUCCCGGACUUUCUCGGUGGCACUGCAAAGACGCGGGUUGUGGAUGGAGCCCUUGUCCCGAAGGCCUUGUACAUGAGCGAGGAAGAGAUGGAGAAAGAUAGAGAGCAUUUUCCUCUCUGCGAAGAUUCGAUCUAUCACAGUGUGUCAAUUGCCCGAGGCCAAGUCCACGAAGUCGUCAUCAACAACGAAGACGUCGGCAGCGUCAUUUGCUGGGACUUCGACGUCAUGAAGCAAGCGGUUAUCUUUUCGGUGCUUCGGACUCGACUCCCGUUGCCGCCGAAAAAUGAACCGAGCAAAGCGGUGCAUAGCAUCAACCCUCUGGCAUCGGACAGCGACCAUCGCACGGUAUUUGAGAAAGGCUGGAAGGAAGGCACCGACUACUUCUUGGUGGAAGAUGCCAUCACUUGCCACGACGGCGAGAGCAUCCAGGGUUCGCACGCCACGGAACACAAAGGCACUUACGUCUUGCAAUGGAAGUGUGUGGACUCUCAGGCGAGCUCAUUUGCCAAGAACGUCACGGAGCUGAUUGAUUCCAUUACGAUCACGCAUCACAAAGCCAAAGUCAUGUACUUCCACGAAGUACUGACUUCGCAGGAUCUC